AUGCUUAUUGUUGGCUUGACUGGAGGUAUAGCUUGUGGGAAAUCCACUGUUUCCAAAGAAUUAAAAGAUCGGUAUGGGUUGACUAUAGUUGAUGCUGAUUUAGUUGCAAGAGAAGUCGUUUACCCAAAUAAGCCAGCAUUUAAUAAGAUAGUAGCAGCAUUUGGGGAUGAAGUUCCCAACUUGAUAAAUGAAGAUGGUAAUUUGAACAGAGCAGCUUUGGGACAAGCAGUGUUUGGAAAUAAAGAAAAGUUAGCAAUACUAAACUCAAUUGUACACCCUGCUGUCAAGUGGGAGAUAUUUAAACAGAUCAUUAGGGCUUAUUUCUCUUUAAACAAAUUAGUUAUUUUGGAUGUCCCAUUGUUAUAUGAAAGUGGGUUAAGUUUGUUAUGUGGGCUAACUGUCACUGUGUCUUGUGAAAGGAAUGUACAAAUUGAAAGAUUGUUAGCUCGAAACAACGAAUUGUCUGAAUCGGAUGCUAACAAGAGAAUUGAGAGCCAAAUGUCAAAUAAGGAGAGAAAUUACCGAUCCGAUAUAGUACUAGAUAACUCUGGAAGUUUAGACUCGUUAAAGGAAUCAAUAAAGUGUUUAGUACCUGAAAUGAAACCUAACCUUAUUUGGUACUUACUAGAUUUGUUCCCACCAUUUGCGGUUACGUCAGCUUUAUUUACUUUUACUAUUAGAAGAAUUGCAGAAAGAUUCAAAGGCACUAAACCAAAAUCCGAUUAA